GCGGAUUCGACCAUCGGAUGCGAUCUGUUAGUAUUCGGGUUCACCCACUGUUUCCACUCUACAGAUCUAUCCCCGAUUGCCAAAAAGUCGCUUCAUGCGACUUAUCCAGCUCAGCUUAAAAGGUUGACUGUUUGGUCAUAGCUAGCUGGCUGGCUGCGCGGGCUGUCGCUUGUAUUUUUGCUUUCAUUUCUCAUUUUUGCAUCGCCCUUGAAGGACAGUUGGAUAGGCGACUCCGAUCUCGCGCGAACCAUGGCGGACGAUAUGGCAAAUCACUACCAGAUGCUAGAGGAGUUGGGAAGUGGGAGCUUUGGCACGGUAUAUAAAGCCAUUGAGAAAGCGACGGGGGAGAUUGUUGCAGUGAAACACAUCGAUCUCGAGUCGAGCGAAGAUGAUAUCCAAGAGAUUCAACAAGAGAUCUCCGUUUUGGCCACAUGCGCUAGUCAAUACGUGACACAGUACAAAGCGAGCUUUCUUCGAGGACACAAAUUAUGGAUUGUCAUGGAGUAUCUGGGCGGAGGAUCGUGUCUCGAUCUGCUGAAACCGGGGGUCUUUAACGAGGCCCAUGUCGCGAUCAUCUGCCAACAGCUGCUACAAGGCCUUGAAUACUUGCAUAGCGAAGGCAAAAUCCAUCGGGACGUUAAGGCAGCCAACGUACUCCUCUCGCACACCGGGAAAGUGAAGCUUGCGGACUUUGGAGUGGCGGCACAACUGGUGAAUAUCAAAUCACAGCGAAAUACCUUUGUUGGGACCCCGUUCUGGAUGGCACCAGAAGUAAUCCAGCAGGCUGGAUACGAUUAUAAAGCAGAUAUUUGGUCGCUAGGAAUCACUGCCAUUGAAAUCAUUAAUGGGGAACCUCCGCAUGCGAGUACCCACCCGAUGAAGGUGCUUUUUUUGAUUCCCAAGGAACCCGCCCCUCGGUUGGAAGGCAACGAAUACAGUAGUGCCUUCAAGGAUUUCAUCUCGCAGUGCUUGACGAAGGACCCCGACCGGAGACCCAGCGCGAAGGAGCUCUUGAGGCACAAAUUUAUUCGCAAUGCGGGGAAGACUGAGGCGUUACAGGAACUUAUCCAGCGGAAGCAAGACUGGGAUGCAGGACGAGGCGUGAGCCGCAAUGUCAAAUACUAUGCCGAAUCCCUGAACACGAUGACCAACUUGCAGGACGAUGACGAUUGGGUUUUCGACACCGUUAGAGCACCGACAAUGAAGAUAGCCGAGGACCCGGAAGACAUAUUCUGUGAGCCAGAAAGCCAAAAUCCUGUAUACGACGAGACCUCCGAAGCUUCCGAGAUGAUGGGAAGCUUGCACAUCUCCAACAGCCCGCCCGUUGCACCUAAGCAGGUUCCGAACUCGACAGUGCGGCGCAUUCCGGCUCCCGAACGGAUCCCUUCGAGCAAGCGACCUCAAAAAAAGCGACGAUCCAGCGGUUUUAAACAGCCCCUCGGAGUUGACUUGACCUUCGGCAAUAGUCCAUCGGCAGUCCGCCCAUUCCGUCGCGUUUCCGACAAGGCACCGCUGAACGCAACUGACAGUCACUAUUCGCCUCCAUAUUCUUCCAGCAAUGGGGAGAAUGCUAGUCCCAGCGCCAUGUCCACCGAGACGAACAGUAAAGAGGCGUCCCUAGGCCGUCGGGCAUACAGCAAAGCUGUAGGGAUGGCUUGCCAAGAAGUUCUGGGGACAACUGGGGAUCAAGACAAGCGCGAGGCGAUCUCGCGGCUGGCAGAAGCUUGGAGUGACCUGGAAAUGGUGGACCCCGAAGGACUUUUCCAUAUCCUCAGGGUCACCAAUGAGAAGCUUCAAGCUGACACCAAGCUGUCAGGUCUCGUUCCACAAGCUCCACCACCCGAAUCUCCACAAAAGCCUCGAUUAAUUUUGGCACAAAACAACCCACACCUGAAAAGCCACAAACGGCGGCAGUCGACAGCUACGGUUGAGCCUAACCUGCAGCCGGCGCAGCUCACCAGCCUACCGGGCCAGCAAGUUCCUGGAAUGGAGCACACCAAGCAGCUGUCGGAUGUCCUCUACCAACGUUGGUCCGAAGGCCUUCGCAACCGCUGGGCUGGGCUUUGAAUGACACUUCCACUUGGUGAAGAGCAUUGCUCUCCUUUUCCUCUUUCCCACAUUCCUUUUCUUCCAUUCGCUGUAUAAAUGGUCUAUGUGGCGUUCUUUGUACUAUGUUCCCCGCCCUUGAUUUGCACUCGUUUUCUGUCCUUUUCAGCUUUUGAUUGUUUACUAGCGCUCGCUUGACUGUUUUUUGAUGCACCUGAUAGGAUUCCUAUACGUUCGCUUUUUUGCGUCUUUGUUUUGGUGUUGGUUACUUACUGGCACCCCAUGGUUGAUUCCCUCUCUGCCAACAGCAUAGCAUGACAGCCGUUACUGGCCCCUCUCUUUUCCAUGCUGUGAUAUCUUUCGCGAGGACCCGGUUCUGGAGUUUGCAUUUGACUCUAUUUGUGAUGGAUUGCUGUUAAGGGCUCUGCUUUUCUUUUGUUGAUAGAUUUGUCUCCUGUACAUUUCCUUUUUCAUCCCCCAUUGCGAAUAUUGGCUGGGAUAGUCGUGUAAUUAUCAUGAUCUACUUCUUGUAUGAAUGUGUGUGUACGGACAUAGAUCGAGGCAGAUUGAUGAUGCAGGAUAGUCCUGCGAGCCCCUUGGUUGGACGAUAAUUUCCAAGAUA